AUGGAACCAGCUGUGUUUGUCAAUAUUGCUCGCAAUCUGGUCGAGAGCGCUCUCCUGAUGCAUUGUCCGAGCAUGGAUCAGAUUCAGGCUGAGGCCAUCAGUGCUGGUUCCUUUUGGGCACAUGCUGUGUCUGAUGCGGCACGACCUGAGUUCCUGAGAAGGAACGAGCGCCUCAUGGCCCAGCUUGUGAAACGGGACCUUCCCCAUUGGCUGGAAUCUGAUUGGGCUGGACAUGCCGAUGCCUUUCGCCUUCGGCCUCUUUUGGAGCACCUGAAAGCAACCUGCAUCGACCUGCGGCUGGCAUACCAGCCUGCUUUUCUGGAAGACUUGCAAACUUUUCACCUCUGGAACGGUGCUACACAAGAAUUGGCUGACUUGGUCCAGCAAGCCGCAAGGCUUGCUUCCAAGGGCACCACGGCGGGUGUGAGUGACACAGCAUUUGGGGGAACAGAAAUGUUGACGCCAAAGCUCCGCAUCACUCAGCGGCAUGCGGAGGUGCAUUGCCUGCUGCAGCUGCCGCGCCUUGCAGAUGCCAACCUCAAGCAAAUGCUGAUCGUGGAGAUUGCUGAUGUAGGACCUGGACUGGGCUGGGCGGAGCCAUGCUCGCGCGGCUGCGUCCAACUGCUCACAAAGUACGGUCUGUCGCCAAUCUUCUUCACUGACGGCAGGGGUUCACUCGUGAAGCGGCAUCUGCGCAGCGAUCCAGGCUUGGACGUCCCGUAUAAAACAUACGCAAGACGCCUCAGCGAUGACCGCAUCUCAGAAAGGGCUUGGCUCGACAUUUCACAGAAGGCGGCCCUGGAACAAAAGGGUUGCCAGCAAAUCAUUGAGUAUCAUGCGAUCCGUGAACACGCCGAAAGCUGCCCCUACAUUCCAGCACUCUUGGAGCUUUGA